AUGACACUGUUCCACAGAAAUGGUUCAAAUCCAUGUAGCAAUUCAGCUCCACAAAGAGCUUCCACACAUUGUUCCAGCGACUUCACUGGUGAUCAAAUAUAUGGCUCAGCCAAGCGGCUCAAGUUUACACUCCCAAACCAGAAUUAUCCACAACCAAGCAUUGGUGUCUCGUUCUUUUGGUUUGAGUGUUUGUUUGGAUGCUUUGAAUUGUGUUUCGAUCCCGAUUCCAGAUGGCCAGUCUGCCUUUUGGAUUUUGCCUGGGUUGACUUGCGGCUUAAAUCGAUGGAACUGGAAGACUUGAAGACUGAGCGGGUCGAGGCAUGCGAGUUGCAUCCUGAUGUUGUUGAAUGGUGCCCAGCUUCUGGACUUGAGGACUGGUUGGCUUGGGGCAUGUACGAACAUAAUGCAGAGACUGAUGAGCGUUGCGGGGCCCUUGUCAUUGCUUCUGUGGAAAGCGAAAAUGGCAUCACCUCCUUGAACAAGAACCAGAACAUACCUUGCCCUGGUGUCUAUGACAUUGCUUGGUUGCAGUCCACUGCAGCACUGGCAUGUGCUUGUGCUGAUGGUGCGCUGCGCCUUUGUCCACGAGGGAGUAGUGCAAUGGAGAUGUACAAGCUGAGUGAUGGAAUCCUCACCCAUUUGUGCUGGGGCGCUGGCGAGGCAGGUGGCUUGGUGGUGGUUGGGCAGGAUGGCGUGGUACACUACCUACUAGCAGCGAGUGAAAUACAAGAAGUUGCCAGUCGGAAGCAGCAUGAGCUCGAAGCCUGGUGUGUGGAGGUCUCCUCCAUGGACAAGAAUCUAAUCCUCACAGGUGCGGAUGAUGGGUUGCUACUUGCUUGGGAUCUCCGAAGCCCCGAUGUGGGAGCUCCAUUUCGCAAUCGACACGAGGCUGGGGUGACCUCCUUGGCCUCCAACCCGCAGAAUGCCUUUCAGGCCAGCUCCGGGUUCGGCGAACUUCGUCGACGACGUCGGACGUGGUCCUCUCUGGCAGCUAUGACGAGCGCUUGA